AAAGUGCCCAUUUUUUGUAGUGAAAAUGGGAACAAAAGUGAAGGGGUCUAGAAUGGCCUCUUUCAUCACCACUCUUUUAGUGGUGAUAGUGUCUCUCAGCUUGCCAUUAGAUACCAAUGCAAACUACCAUUACUCAUCUCCGCCACCACCACCGCCUCCCAAGAAGUCUCCACCACCACCAAAACAUCAUUACCACUACAAGUCGCCACCACCACCUCCUCCUCCAGUUUACUCACCACCACCACCAAAGAAGCCCUACAAGUACAAGUCUCCACCACCGCCACCGGUUUACAAGUAUAAGUCUCCACCACCACCUCCGCCGGUUUACAAGUAUAAGUCUCCGCCACCUCCACCCAAGAAACCAUACAAGUACAAGUCUCCACCCCCACCACCAAUUUACAAGUCUCCACCACCACCACCUCCUGUUUACAAGUCUCCACCACCACCCAAGAAACCUUACAAGUACAAGUCUCCUCCACCACCUCCUGUCUACAAGUCUCCACCACCACCUAAGAAACCAUACAAGUACAAGUCUCCUCCACCACCACCGGUUUACAAAUCCCCACCACCCCCUCCUCCAGUUUACAAGUCUCCACCACCACCCAAGAAACCCUACAAGUACAAGUCUCCUCCACCACCCCCGGUCUACAAGUCUCCACCACCACCUAAGAAACCGUACAAGUACAAGUCUCCUCCACCACCACCAGUUUACAAGUCCCCGCCACCUCCUCCUCCAGUCUACAAGUCUCCACCACCACCACCACCCAAGAAGCCCUACAAAUACAAGUCUCCCCCUCCACCGCCCUACAAGUAUAAGUCUCCUCCACCACCGCCGCCGACCUACAAAUCACCACCACCACCCCACCAUUACUAUUACACUUCACCACCUCCUCCUCCUCACCACUACUAAGUAAUGGCUCUGGUUUUAUGGAAAAUAGAGCAUUUAAAUAAACGAAUCGAUUUACGGGUUGCUGCAUGCAUUGUAGGGAGAAUGAAAGCGAUCGAAGAAGAUUAAGAUCGAAGAAGAAUAAAAAGCUCAACAUGAAGAGGGGUUCAUGAUCAGUUUCAUGUUGAUGGUUGUAGUUCAAAAGCUCUCAUUGCAUUCUGUAUUAUUUUGUGAGAUAAAUCGGUUUAUGUGUGAAAUUUUUGACCUUUUGACAAGUGCAAAAGGUCAUUUACAUAAUGAAUAAUCAGAUUUCUUUAAAUAAUAUAUCCUCUGUUUUUUAA